GGGGGCGCGGGGAAGAACCUCGGGAACGCUGAGGGGGACCUGGGCGACACCGCGCCUGGCCCAGCCCAGCCCCGCUCAGUGCCCGCCGUGACUCCGGCGCUCCCCGGGACACCGGCGGUGCUCCCCGCGGCGCCUUCCCGUAUUUUGGAGCGAUCCCGAGCAGCGCCAGCGCCAGGAAAAUCAAGGUGGAAUUCCAAGAGGAACCGUGGAUUUCUGUGACAAUUCCCGGUUUCUGCCCCUCCCGGCCAUGGAGCAGGGCGGUGCCAGCGCGUCCCUGGGCGAUGCUGCCGGGUCGGUGCCCAGGAUCUGCGGGGUCUGCGGGGACAGAGCCACCGGCUUCCACUUCAAUGCCAUGACCUGCGAGGGCUGCAAGGGCUUCUUCAGGAGGAGCAUGAAGAGGAAGGCCAUGUUCACCUGUCCCUUCAACGGGGACUGCCACAUCACCAAGGACAACCGGCGGCACUGCCAGGCCUGCCGGCUGAAGCGCUGCGUGGACAUCGGCAUGAUGAAGGAGUUCAUCCUGACGGACGAGGAGGUGCAGAGGAAGCGGGAGAUGAUCCUGAAGAGGAAGGAGGAGGAGGCACUGAGGGAAAGCCUCAAGCCCAAACUCUCAGAGGAGCAGCAGAAAGUCAUCGACGUCCUGCUCGAGGCCCACCGCAAAACCUACGACCCCACCUACGCCGACUUCACCAAAUUCCGGCCCCCCGUGAGGAGCAGCCCCAGCAGCAGAGGGGCCCCCAAAUCCUCGUCCCUGCUCACCCAGGACCUGUCCUCGGAGGAUUCCUCGGAUCUCUUCGGCUUCAGCACGUUCCCAGACUCGGCGGAGCCGGCGCCGUUCCCCGGGCUGGAGGAGCAGGACGAGAGCUCCUCCAUGAACCUGGAGUUCUCCCAGCUCUCCAUGCUGCCACACCUGGCUGACCUGGUCAGCUACAGCAUCCAGAAGGUGAUCGGCUUCGCCAAGAUGAUCCCGGGGUUCAGGGACCUGUCUGCAGAGGACCAGAUCGUGCUGCUCAAGUGCAGCGCCAUCGAGGUGAUCAUGCUGCGCUCCAACCAGAGCUUCACCCUCGAGGACAUGUCCUGGACCUGCGGCAGCAGCGACUUCAAGUACAGGGUCAGCGAUGUCACCCAGGCUGGGCACAGCAUGGACCUGCUGGAGCCGCUGGUGAAAUUCCAGGUGGGGCUCAAGAAGCUGAACCUGCACGAGGAGGAGCACGUGCUGCUCAUGGCCAUCUGCAUCCUGUCCCCAGACCGGCCGGGCGUGCGGGAGCCGCGGCGGGUGGAGGCGCUGCAGGAGCGGCUCUCGGAGGCGCUGCAGAGCUACAUCCGCGCCCGGCACCCGCCGCCCGGCAGCCGCCUGCUCUACGCCAAGAUGAUCCAGAAGCUGGCGGACCUGCGCAGCCUGAACGAGGAGCACUCGCGGCAGUACCGCUGCCUGUCCUUCCAGCCCGAGCACAGCAUGCAGCUCACGCCGCUGGUGCUCGAGGUGUUCGGCAACGAGAUCUCCUGAAUCUCCUGGCCGGGAUGUGCGGGAGGAGCGGGGCUCGCAGCCCUGCGUGGAUGUUUUGGGGCCGGGCUGCCUCGAAUCCCUUCUUUUUCCAAGGGGAAGUGCUGGGAGAUGAACUCAGGGUGUUGCUGUGGGUGCCAGGCUCUGCUCCCCCCGAAAUCCCACGGCACCCAUGGGCUCGGACACCCCAAAUCCCGGCCAGGAGCUGCCAUGGGCGAUGUCCCCACAGCUCCAACACAUCCCGUGUGCUGCUGCCGCCAGACUGGGAUGAGCCAGAGGCAGCUGAGAAAACCCCGCCAGGGGAAAUUUUGUUCUCGACCCUCAAAGGGAAGAACAGGACGAGCUUUGUUUGCACUCCCUGGGAAUGGGGGAGCCGGGGGAUCUCCAGGAGACACCCCCAGUUCGGAGCUGGACCCCUCUGGGGGAUGGGGUGGUGGUCCCUGGGAUGGGACAGGGACCCCUGGGAUCCCAAACCCAGCUUGGCUGUUUCCCCCUGCCACGUUCUGGAGGCGGCUCCAGGCCCUUGUUCCCACCCAGAUCACACCUUGGGAAAGGGGAUUUGGGAGCUGGGAGGCUCCAGACCCCUGGGAAAAUCCAUCACAGCCCCUCCAGGCCAUGACCAAUGGCCGGAGGGUCCCCGGCUCUGGCCAAUAAACUCCUGCUUGGGCAAAUCAA